CUAGCUUCAGCAGAGAAGCAAAGGCACCCGAUUCUCUCAGUGCUGGGACUCGGAGAACUGCGCACUCCCUUUCAAGUCACAGUCUUGGGACAUCUCGGGAGAUGGGGACCUUGAUCAAACUCCUCGCUGUGGCAUCAGCCGUUACUCUAACAGUGCGGUGUCAAACACAAUUCAUGGAAUAUAUUGAGAGAAGGCUGAAUUCUUUCGAGCAACGAAUUGCUGUCUGGUAUGACCAAACACAGAGAUACUCCACAGAAUACAGAGAAUUUAAGAACCAGAUUCUUGCUUUUGUUGAAAACUUGGAUAAAGAGAAAGAAGAGCAAAGACACAACCUUGAAAUUGCAAAUUCCCGUAUUGAUCGCAUCGAGAGGGAGUUAGACUAUUUGGAGACUAGAAAUCCAGCACCCACCUGUCUGGAGGUAGAUGAGAAAUUUACUGAACAAGUUGCUGAAAGCGCCCAGGAAAAGAAGAAGCGCAAGCUUAAGAUAGCAGGCUGUGAAGAAAUGGUCUUCAACAUCAAAGCAAUGAAAAUAGUCAAAAGGUUGGAGACGGCUUCUGGCCUGUGGAUCAAGGACCUGAUGUCAGACACUGAGAAGGUGUAUGUCUUUGAUGGCGUAAGUAAUGACACAAUCUAUGAAUUCACAAGACUGAAGGACUUCACUGACUUUACUGGCUUGAUUAAGGCAAAGAAAAUUAAACUGCCUUACCCAUGGGCUGGCACAGGUCACAUAGUGUACAAAGGCUUCUUAUAUUACAUCCGAAGUGAGCCUCAGUUUCAAGUCAUCAAAUUUGAUCUGAAGAACCAGACGGUGUCAGACAGCGCCAUGUUCCCAGCUGAGCAACAGAUCCCGGUGUAUGGCCUCUCACCGUUCAACUACAUCGACCUAGCCAUGGACGAGAAUGGCUUGUGGGCCAUAUAUGCCACCAGAGACAAUGAGAAGAACAUCUGCCUGGCCAGGUUGGACCACAAGACACUGGACAUUGAGCAGAUGUGGGACACUCCAUGUCCCAUUGAGAAUGCGGAGAGUGCCUUUGUCAUCUGUGGCACGCUUUACGUGGUGUACAACAGCAAGCUCCGUAGUCGCUCACGUAUCCAGUGUGUGUAUGAUGUCACCGACAUGGUAAAUACUGACCUGGCACCAUUGUUAUAUUUCCCCAAGCGGUAUGGAGCUCACUCCAGCAUUAAGUACAACCCAAGGGAGAAGCAGCUGUAUGCUUGGGAUGAUGGAUACCAAAUCAUAUACAGGCUGACAUUGAAACCAAAAUCAGAACUGUAAAACUUUGCUCCUAUAUACAAAUUAUUGACAGGAGGACUGGGCAAUGAAACUCUCCCCAAAGGCAGCAGUGAACCAGAAUAAGGAGGAGAAAAUAACUUUAUUCUCAGAUGGUUGAUUAGCUAAAGUCAGCCAUAUCUUUAAUGAAAAAAAUACAUAAUUAAUAAUGUUCAUAUCAGUGGUAAUGCAUUACAUGUAAUGGCACAGUGAUGCAAACUGCAGUAGUCAUUUGAAAGAGGCACGGAGAGACAGGGCAGUAUAUGCUGUAUGACAGUGGAAUAGGAAUGCAACAAGCACUUUUGCACAAAACCAGGCACUGCAGUUAAAAUCACAAGCACUGCAACUUCGUGUGAAUAUGAAUCGGUUCUCCCAAAAAAACAGCAUUUAUACAGUGUCGUUUAUGACAUUCCACAAUUAUUCACAAUUUAUUGAGUAAUUUGGCAGCAGUUAAUGUUGUCGUAGAGUCAUACAGCAUGAGAGCAGGCUCUUCAGCCCAUCUAAUGUAGGAAAGCCCACAGCCUACUUCAUGCAACAGCAGCUGUAAAUAAAAAAUCAAAUGGAAUAUAUAUAUCUUGGGAUAGACGGCAUGGCUUUGCGAGGAGCAGGUCAUGGCCCACAAGCCUGAGUGAAUUCUGAGGAUGUGACAAAGCACAUUGAUGAAGGUAGAGCUGUGGAUGUGGUGUAUAGAAGUUUAGUAAGACAUUUGAUAAAGUUCCUCAUGGAAUCUGGGGAAGCUUGGCUGUGUGGAUUUAGAACUGUUAUUUCCAUAGGAAGCAGAGGUUGAUUGUACAUGAGGAAUCUUCUGCCUGGAUCUCGGUGACCAGUGGUGUUCUCUGGAGAUCUGUACAGGGACCCCCGACCCCUGUUCUUUGUGAUUUUAAUUCAUGACUUCAUGUGGAAAUAGAAGAGUGGGUUUAUAAGUUUGCAGAUGACUUGGUGGUUAGUGGAGUUGGGAACAGUGUAGAAGAUUGUUGUAGGUUACAGUAGGAUAUUGACAAGAUGCAGAGCUGGGUUGAGAAGUGACGGAUAGAGUUCAACCCUGAAACAUGGGAAGUGAUUCACUUUGAAAGGUCGAGUUUGAAGGCAGAACAUACGGUUAAUGAUAGGAUUCUUUGCAACAUGGAGUAACAGAGAGAUCUUGGGGUCCACACCAAAGUUGCCUUUCAAGUGGAUAUAGUUAUUAAGAAGGCCAAUGGAAUAUUGACCUUCAUUGGUCAGGACUUUGAGUUCGAGAACUGCAAGGUAAUGUUGCAGCUCCUUAAAACUCUGGUUAGACCACACUUAGAAUAUUGUGUUCAGUUCUGGUCACCUCAUUAUAGGAAGGAUGUGGAAGCUUAUAGAGGGUUCAGAGGAGGUUUACCAGGAUGCUACCUGGAUUAGAGAGCAUGUCUUAUGAGGAAAGAUUGAGUGAGCUAGGGCUUUUCUCUUUGAAACAAGAUUUGAUAGAAAUGUACACUAUGAUCAGAGGUAUAGAUCAAAUGCAGAGUCACACACACAGAACUACAGCUCAUCAAAAGGUUUUUGACCCAUCUAGUCUCUGAGCCACAACUCUUAUUGUGCUUAGUCCCAUUGACCUGAACCUGGAGCUUAGCCCUCCCAUCCUUGUACUUACCCAAACCUCUCAUCCACCACUUCUGCUAAAGGCUUGUUCCUCACUUACACCACCCUCUGAGUGAAGACGUUCCUCCUCAGGUUCCCUUUAAAUAUGUCACCUUUCACUCUUAACCUAUGACCUCUAGUUCUGGUCUCACACAGCAUCAGUGGAAAAAGCCUGCUUGCAUUUAUCCUAACUAUACACUUCAUAAUUUUGUAUACCGCUAUCAAGUUUCCCCCUCAUUCUCCUGUGCUCCAAGAAAUAAAGUCCAAGCCUAUUCAACCUUUCCUCACAUCUCAGGUCCUCAAAUCCUGCAAGCUCCUUGUAAAUUUUCCCUGAACUUUUUCAAGCUUAUUGAUAACUUUCCUGUAGAUACAGCAGGUCACCACAACUGCACACACUACUCCAAAUUAGGCUUCACCCACAUCUCAUACAACUUCAACAUAACAUCUCAACUUCUAUACUCAAUACAUUGAUUAAUGAAGGCCAAUAUGCCGAAAACUUUUUUUUAAGACCCUGUCUACCUGUGAUGCCAAUUCCAAGGGUUUCUAGUUCUGUAUUCCCAGAUCCCUCUGUUCUGCCACACUCCACUGAGAUAGCUGGAAACUUUUUCCCGGGCAAAAAUAACUAAUACAAGGGGGCAUCAUUUUAAGGAGAUUGGACGAAAGUGUAAGGCAGAUGUCAGAAGUAACUUUUUUCACAGAAAGUGGUGGGUGCCAGGGAUGGUGGAAGAGGCACGUACUUUAGGGACUUUAAGAAACUCUCAGAUAGGCACGUGGAUGAUAGAACCAUGGAGAGCUAUAUAGGAGGGAAGGGUUAGAUUGACCUUAAAGUAGGUUAAAAGGCUGGCACAAUACUGUGGGCUGAAGGAAUUUUACUGUGUUAUGGUUGUCAAUGUUCUACAGUAUAUGAACUUUGAAUAUGAAGCUGUGGUGAGAAAAACAGGAAGAACUCCCCAACUAAAAAGGUGGAUGGGUAUCUCAGCAAAGGCUGAUGCCCGCGGUACUAUGUCCCACAUUAUGAACUGAAAAUCAGAGCAGGUUAUUCGCUUAAGUUUCUGAAGAAUGAGUUUGACCCACCAACUACUAACUCAGAGAUGGGAGUGAUAUCACUGAGACACAGCAGCACUGACACGGAGGAUAGUUGCAACCUCAUCAGCAGGAAUUCCAAAAAGAAGUAUGAUAAUAAAAUAUCUCAGUGGAACCAUUCCAAUGAAUGUGGCACUGAAUUCCUACUGCCUUGCAUCAUAAGCCUUACAUUAAUUUGAAUCUAUACUUCUGAAUGUUUAGUAUCAGGUGAUCUCAUGGUUCAGCUGAUGUCCAGAAGCUCUUCAUCCAUCCCAAAGUUUGUCAUUGAACAAAACACCUCUAUUGAAAGCAUCAUUUUAUUCAGAGAAGUAGCGCUGAAAAGGAUCUUCCCGCCUUUGAACCACGCUGUCAGCAACCCACCGAUUCCGCCCCAGCCAAGUCACGGGACAACUGACAAUGACCGAUGAACCUACUAACCGGUACAUCUUUGGACUGUGAGAGGAUACUGGAGCACCCAGAGGAAACUCAUGCAUUCACAGGGAGAACAUACAAACUUCUUAGAGAUGACAUUGGAAGUGAACUCCGAACUCUAACUGUAAUAAUGUCACGUUAACCGCUACACUACUGUGGCGCCAUUUUUCCCAAAAAUUCAUUCCAAACAUUAGAACAUAGCACAGCAAAGCAUAUUACAGGCCCUUCAGUCCAUAAUGGUAUGCUGACAUUUCAGCCUACUCCAAGAUCCAACUAAUCUUUUCAUCCCAAGGAGGCCAUAUCUCUCUAUUUUUCAUCCAUAUGCCUAUCUAAGAGUCUCUUAAAUGCUCCUAUUGUAUCAGCCCCUACCACCACCCCUGACAGAGCACCGCAGACUCCAUGCACUCUCUGUAUUAAAACCCUACCUCUGCCAUCCCCCCCUAAACUUCCCUCCACACACUGCUAAAAACUAGACUUCCAUUCCAUGACCAGACCUGUAUCUUAGACAAUGCCAUGUCCAAAUGCUUCGUGGUGUAGACCAGGCACUUUCAUGUAUUAGAAGACUGUUCUAGAUGCUGUGACCAGAUACCCCCCACAAUCCACAACCUGUUAGGAACUACACUUCUACUUUCAAUCCUAUCGUGGACAUUACGUCAGACACCUUUAACGACUGGUUGUCUAGCACUAACACCGUCAUUGUUCGAACCUUUAUUACAGACAGUGUGAAGGACCAUACCUCUCCACCCCAGAUACUGUCACUGACUGGGUCUUAACUUCCGACACUUUUAUGAACCAGGCCUUUUAUAGCAGGCAUUGGGAUAAACAAGACCUCCGUCAAUACCUACAGAGUAAACCUGUGAUUACAAAGAUAUUCGUCCCAUAAACACCCAGCUCUGAUACCAGGUUAUUAUUUCAUUAAUGCUGUUAGUUACAGUAGGGAACAUGGAUUUCUGCUUGUCACGUCCCACGUCGGAAUGCAAAUCAACAUUUUCACUGCCAUAGAUGGAAAAGGAAUCAUUCUGUUUGUGGCUCAGUAUGGAAUUCAGUAUUGAUAUUUGAAGGAACAUAACUGGUGUCAGCCUCUACCACCAGUCCUGACAGAACAUCGCAGGCACCCCUGCUGCUCUCUGUAUUAAAAGCCCAACCUCUGACAUUGCCCCUGAUUGAUAUUUCGAGGGGCAUACCCUCACACUGAACUUAAUAUCCUGCCACUGGGCUAGCUGACACAGUUCAUCUUUACCACCCUUUCACUGAACUCAACCAUUAAAGUCCUAGCACUGAACCAGUUUCUUAAUACCAUGACAGUGAAUUUAUCUUUAAUAGCCAGUCUUUGGAUCCACCCUUGGCUUUGAAAAGUCCUGUUACUCUCCUAUUACUAAGCAUGUUCCUUGAUACUCUGCCCCGGGCUUAUCAAUAGCAUUUUAGCAUGAACUUGCCGACUGACACGAGAACACAAAAUGAAUUUGCCCCCUGCAGCCCAGCCCCAGCACGAACUUAGUGAAUCAUCAGCUCCUGUCACCACAUCGCGGCAAUGUCAACUACGUUACAACGUAUAUCUUGAUUGUACUCUCCAUUAAUUGUAUUACCUUUUUAUGUAACCAUUUUAUAGUUAUAGCGAUCUGUACUAAUUAUAAUCAGUAACCGAGAGACUAGUUGAUAUAAGCAAUUAAAAUGCUUUGCAUUCCAUACCAUUUAAGACUGAGAAUGGAAGUCUUUCUGUUAGCUGUUCUGGUGUCAUAGGAAGUACUAAGUCUAUAGCUUCCAGGAAUAAUAUUUAUUUUUUGAGAUACAGUGUGGAGUAUCCAGCAAUCGAGCCAUCCAGCAAUCCCCCAAUUUA